UAUUUAGCAUUGAGCUAUGUUUGGGGUGGCGCAACACAGCUUCAGCUGACAUCUGAGAACUUCACGAGCCUCUCCACCGAAAACGGCCUUAACGAGCUCUCCGACUCGAUCCCAAGGACCAUCAAAGAUGCCAUGAUUCUUUGCAAGAACCUAGGAGAACGCUACUUAUGGGUAGACACCCUGUGCAUCGUCCAGGACGAUGAAUCCGACAGGCAUUUUCAAAUCAGCAACAUGGCUAACAUAUAUAGUCAGGCGGUUUUGACUAUCGUUGCCGCGUCGGGUUCGAGUGCUGAUGCUGGACUGCCAGGCCACAUUAGCUCCAUAAAUGGGACGGAGCUCAUUAGCACACGCCAUGACAUCGUUCCCCUCAUUGAAAACUCUCCUUGGUAUUCAAGGGGCUGGACGCUUCAAGAGUAUGUGCUGAGUCACAGACUCCUCUUCUUUGUCGGCGGAGAAGCUGUAUACUGUUGCAGAACUACUAUGUGGAGAGAAGACUCGAUGCCUCAGGAAUUACUCUCUUGGAACGGCGAAAUCGAACUUCGAGAGCGACUUGGACUCUUGUCGCACUUCAGUGGUACGACGGAUGGUUUCAAGCAUUACACCGAAUUGGUGAAUACCUACAUCACAAGCGACCUUUCUAAUGACAACUAUAUCCUCAAUGCUAUUUCGGGAGCCCUGGAAAAUAUCCACUCUGUAGGGAAAUCCUUCCAAGGGCUUCCGGAAGCAACGCUGGAUCUCGGUCUCCUAUGGCAGACUGAGGACAGAACUCCCCCAGAACGCCGUGAAGGCUUUCCUAGCUGGUCCUGGGCUGGAUGGAAA